GGGCCCGUGUCCGGGAAGCGCCUAUUCUGGCCCCGCCCACCUAGAGACCGCCCUGGCCCCGCCCCCUCAAGCUCUAUAAAAGCGCCGGCUCGGCCAACCAACCGCAGCCUGAAUUCAGCGCUCCCACCUUCGGCCGACUUUUCAGCCGAUCGGCCGUCUCCGCCGCCAUGGAUCUCACCGCCAUCUACGAGAGCCUCCUGUCGCUGAGCCCUGACCUGUCAUCCGACCACGGAGACACUGAGUCCAGCCCAGGCUGGGCCUCCUCCGGACUCUGGAGCCUCAGCUCAUCUGACUCCAGCCCAGCUCGCCUGCCUGGACGAUCCACUAGCCUGGUGGAGGGUCGCAGCUGCGGCUGGGUGCCCCCACCCCCUGGAUUCGCACCCCUGGCUCCCCGCCCAGGCCCUGAGCUGUCGCCCUCAUCCACUUCACCUACUGCGACCCCCACCACCUCAUCCCGUUACAAGACUGAGCUAUGUCGGACCUUCUCAGAGAGCGGGCGCUGCCGCUAUGGGGCUAAGUGCCAGUUCGCCCAUGGCCUGGGCGAGCUGCGCCAAGCUAGUCGCCACCCCAAGUACAAAACGGAACUCUGCCACAAGUUCUACCUCCAGGGCCGCUGCCCCUACGGAUCGCGCUGCCACUUCAUUCACAAUCCUAGUGAGGACCAGGCUGCCCCGGGCCACCCCCAUGUCCUGCGCCAGAGCAUCAGCUUCUCAGGCCUGCCCUCUGGCCGCCGAACCUCACCACCACCAGCAGGCCUGGCAGGCCCUUCCCUGUCCUCCUGCUCCUUCUCGCCCUCCAACUCCCCACCACCACCACCUGGGGAUCUUCCACUUUCACCCUCUGCCUUCUCUGCUGCCCCUGGGACUCCUGUGGCCCGAAGGGACCCCACCCCAGCCUGCUGCCCUUCCUGCCGAAGGGCCACCCCCAGCAGCCUCUGGGGGCCCGUGGGUGGCCUGGCUCGGAGCCCUUCUGCACACUCCUUGGGAUCUGAUCCCGAUGAAUAUGCCAGCAGCGGCAGCAGCCUGGGGGGAUCUGACUCACCUGUCUUCGAGGCCGGGGUUUUUGGGCCACCCCAACCACCUGCAGCCCCCCGGCGACUCCCCAUCUUCAAUCGCAUCUCCGUUUCUGAGUGACUGCCCAGUACUGAUCAGCUGGAUCUCAAGGGGGGCCAUUUCUCUUGUACUUGGCGCCGUAGGGAACUGGAGGACGCUUAAACAGCUUCCUCUGAACUUUUGAAAAUGCAUUAACCACUCCCCUGACCUCCCGCUGGGGCAGGUCCCCAGUGUGCGAGAGAGCUCGGUGUUUAUGGUGUUGGGGGAAGAAGUCUUUUUCUGGAGUCCUUUCAAAAAAUGUAGCAAAUUUGAGGGAGGCAGUGAACCUUCCCCCACCUAUCCCCUGCCCAAUGCUGUGAAUAAUAGGCCCCCACUGCCCCCCACCCCAAGUUUUCCUAGACCCUGAGGUUCCAGUGUCUGGUGGUGACUGGUGCCCCCACCCCCACCCCCCCAGGGGGAUCCUGGUGCUCAAAUUCCCUCCAAAAGCAAGUAGCCAAAGCUGUUGCCGCCCCACCCUCAGCCAUUGGGGCCCUUUAUUUAUGACGACUUUAUUUAUUCUAAUAGAUUUUAUAGUAUUUAUAUAUAUUGGGUCGUCUGCUUCCCUUGUAUUUUUCUUCAUCCCUUUUGUAAUAUUGGAAACGUUGGAAUGUUAUAAGUAUACUAUAAUAUAUUAUAAGUAAUAUAUAUUAAAAGUUUAUUUUUGUGUU